CGCCUCGAUGUCGUCAUCACUAAGCUCCGCAAAGUGUGGCUGACAAGCAACAAGCUGCUCGUGCACUGGUGAGUUUGAUGCCGUUGGGACAAUCGCUGUUCGCCCGCUCGACCCCAGAAGAUGUCUUCACUGCUCAAGGUGGACAAUGCAAUCAAAACCAAGGUCGAUGCAUUCCGUGAACGUAUCACUUCAGAAGCAGAGGAACUAGUUGCAGCUUUUUUCCCAAAGAAGUUACUGGAGCUUGAUCACUUCCUGAAGGAUCCAAUCAUCAACAUCACUGAGCUGAAGGAGAUCCACUCGGAUAUAAACCUGACGGUGCCCGACCCCAUCCUGCUCUCAAACCUGCAUGACGGACUAGACGCGCAAAAUGCCAAAAAGAGGAAGCUUGAGGAUGGAGGUGGGGACGACAAGGUGACUGGCACCAAGGUGUUCGUCAUGCCUGGUGGGAUGAUGAAGAGCAACGCAAACCUUGUUGAUCUCAUUGAAAAGGUCAAGCCGGAGAUCAGGACACUGAUAGAGAAAUGUAACACAGUCAAGAUGUGGGUCCAGCUGCUCAUCCCAAGGAUAGAGGACGGCAACAACUUUGGUGUGUCGAUCCAGGAGGAGACGGUAGCUGAGCUCCGGACAGUGGAAGGGGAGGCAGCAUCUUACCUCGACCAGAUAUCAAGAUACUACAUCACAAGGGCCAAGCUGGUUUCCAAAAUAGCUAAAUAUCCCCAUGUGGAGGACUAUCGGCGCACAGUAACCGAGAUUGAUGAGAAGGAAUACAUCAGUCUGAAGAUCAUAGUCUCUGAGCUCAGAAAUCAAUACGUAACGUUACAUGAUAUGAUCCUGAAGAACAUUGAGAAGAUCAAGAGGCCUCGAAGCAGUAACGCCGAAGCCCUGUACUGAUGUUCAUCCAGCCACAGCCCGACUCCACCCUGCCCCCCCCCCGGCCCCGGUCCACAGGACGACAGCUACACUUUCACCGACUUCAGUACAAAUCAACAAAGCUCUUUACAGAAACGUAGCCUAAUACAUGGUCACGACACACAGGUUUCAUUUCUUUUUUUUUUUUCUGUUAGUUUUAAUUGUAAAAUAUUUUUCUUGUUUUAAACCCAUUGAAGACAAAAAAAAUAUUCUCCCAGAAAAAUUGGGGAUGGAUAUAAAUGUGUUUUUUAAUUUUAAUUAAACAUUUUGUCCUCCCAACUUUGAAGUCGCUUCAUUCGUGGCUCUUUAAGGAAGGAAUUUAAAAAAAGGUUCAAGGCAGUUGUCUGUGCUGCUUCAGUGAAUGUCAGUUACUUUUUGUUGAUUCGUCUCCUGUUGUGUCUCCUGGACGAUGGUUGGUCACAGGAGACGCAACAUGAACUGUUGUGUUUGGUGUGUUUUUUUUUUUUCUCCGAAUGUCGUCUGCACAUUACACAUUAUAAUCAUGAUAAGUAUGAUUAUUAAGCUGGUUGUAGGUUUCACAGACUUGCUGGUUUUCAGUGAAAAUUCAUGUAAGUCCACAAAGCAUCUGUUCUGUCGCGUCAUUGAUUAUUGAAUAAAACAUUUUUUGAUAAAGAUGUUGAA